AUGCAUGUGUCUUUCCUUGCCUUGGCCGCUACGGCUGUGGGCAGUUUUGCUUUCCCCACAUCCAACUUUGGCGGUGCUGAGAAACGCUCUUUUGCAAAGACCAACAUCUUUGAGUCAAUCAACGCAGCACCCACCAGAUGGGCUAAGCAGGAUAUCCAUGAAUUCAGCAAAGAUGACGCAACAAUGGAACUGCGUAUUCAACUCGUACAUCAGGACAUGGAUAAGUUUCACGAGCUUGCUCUAAACAUUGCAACCCCUGGUCAUACGCUGUACGGAAAGCAUGUCUCACAGGAUGUCAUCGACAGCAUGAUUGCGCCCAAGGAUGAAUCGAAGUCACUUGUACUAGACUGGCUUCGUCAACAGGGUCUCGCAGACAACGCAUCUAUUUCGACCCGUGGUAACACGAUCAUUGUGAAAGCCACUAUUAGCCAGGCCGAAAAGCUCCUCGAAGCCGACUACAAUACUUAUACCAAUGCCGAGACGGGCGAGCAGGUUGUCAGGACUCUCGCGUACAGCAUUCCAGAGAGCCUCAAUGGCCACGUGAGCAUGAUACAGCCCACGACGUUCUUCGGCUUCCGUUCAACCGUUAGCGAGGUCGCUCCGGCCUCCGAACCAAAGAGCGCAUUUGAGAUUGAAGCAGUAGCUGCAACUUGUACUAGUGGAGUCACGCCCGAAUGUCUUUCCAACUUGUACAACUUUGCCUCAAGCACUGCCUCUCAGAGCAACGGUCUUAUUGGGAUCGCCGGCUUUCUUGAGCAACACCCCAGUCAAUCGGACUUGAAAACUUUCUUGACCAAUUAUGCUAUUACUGGUAAUACGGCGGAGACGUAUACUUGCGCGCUUAUCAACAGUGGCACUUGUCCUGCCAAACCUGGUAGUGCUGUCGGUGUGGAGGCCAACCUCGACGUGCAAUACGCUCGUGCGAUCACCAAGCAAAUUCCUAAUGUCUUCUACAGCGUGGGAGGCCGGCCUCCAAUCAGUGGCGGUGGUACUAACACUAAUGAGCCUUACCUUGAGUUCCUGGAAUACCUUCAGGGCCUCGAUGACACGAAUCUACCUAAUACUCUCUCGAUUUCUUAUGGUGAUGAUGAAAGUACUGUACCAUUGAGUUACGCCGAUAACGUAUGCAACUUGUUCUCUCAGCUUGGCGCCCGUGGUGUCUCAAUACUCGCAUCUUCUGGCGAUUCCAGCGUAGGAACCACAUGCAAGCUGAAUGGCAAAACUCAAUUCACGACAGCAUUUCCCGCGGCGUGUCCAUGGAUCACGUCGGUUGGUGGUACCCAGGGUACAGCGACUGAACAAGCUUGGACAAGCGGUGGUGCAGGGUUCUCCGAGGUAUUUGGCCAACCAAGCUACCAGACAGCUGCCGUCCAGAAAUGGAUAUCGAGCAACAAAGACGGUGUGUCUGCGUACUUCAAUGCAUCUGGCCGUGCGUAUCCCGAUGUGGCGGCGCAAGCUACCAAUGUUCGCAUCGUCGUCAACGGCGCCGUGACCACGGUUGCUGGAACAAGCUGUUCCUCACCAAUUUUCGCUGGUGUGAUUCAACUUAUCAACAGUGAGCGCUUAGCUGGAGGCAAGUCUCCGCUAGGUUUCUUGAACCCUUGGCUAUACUCAAACGCCAGCUCUGGUUUCAAUGAUAUCGCUACCGGCAAGUCUACUGGAUGCCGAAGUGUGAUUACUGGGGGUGCCGGCUUUUCUGCUAUUUCUGGGUGGGACCCUGCAACCGGAUGGGGAACUCCUGAUUACGCAAAGCUAUUGGCUAUCUCAAAUGCUACCUAG